UCACCUUUCACCAAAUUCUUUUACAUUUCAUCACCUCUCUCUUUUGUCUCUAUUUGCAUCAUCUUUUCACAUAUUACCUCUAUUGUUUUAUAUAUUUUUCUUGUGAACUUUUCGAACAUGUCGCUAGACGGAUCGGGACUCGGAGGGAUGGCUAUGGCUGUGGCUUACACGGCAAGGAAGUUUCACAGAGAGAACAUGAAGAGUCUGACGACAAACGCAGCCACAACCGCCGGUGGAGUCGAGGAGAACGGUGGAGGAUCCGGCCGAUGGUUCUUUAGAAAGCUGAGCACCAAGAAAAACUCUGCUAAAGUUUGUGAUCUUAUGGUUACAGAAUAAUAUUAAGCUAAGAGAUGAUGGUCAUGUCCUAAAUUAAUCAAAUUAAUAUAAGGAAUAAAAAGUUAGAAUUUUUCUUUGCGAUUUUAGGCUUAGCACUUUCGUGUGUUUACUUUAUGUUUGAUUGUGCCUAUCGUGAGAUUUUCUUAUGUUUCUUUUUUUGGUUUAAGUCUAAGUAUUUACUAUUUAGAGUGGAGGUUUUUAUAAAAGCUGUAAAGAGCUUCUAUAAUCAUGCAGCUCGAUCGUUUCUGACU